GGCUGGCUCCAACUCCAAGUCUUGAUUUCUACCAUCUACCACCUCUUCUUGCAUAGAAACUAGUCAGCAGGAGCAGGAGCACCAUCACCAUUCACCAGAUUUUAUUACUCCGCAGUCUCUUAAACGGUGCUCAUGUUACAAUAUAAUUCAACAAUACAAUAUAAUUACUUAAAUUUAAAACUGGAGUGGAAAGUUGUGCUAGUUUUUAUUUUUACAAAAGCAAUCCAUUCUCCAGUCACUUCUCAAGACAUUAACAUUACUUUGUAAAAAGUAACAGUACCGGAGAUUUUUUGCAGACAUUCUCUUAUUGGACUAUUGUGACAACCGUUUCUGGUAUAUAUAUUUUUAAAAAUACAUUGUGAUAUAACCUGCAUUACUAAACACUAAAAAAUGUCGCACGAUCAUAUUAUGGAGCAUUUCAAUGCUUCGGGUCAUUUACAUGAUCAUAUGAAUCACGGAUCGGCUGAUCAUAGCAUGGACCACGGUUCCAUGCAUCACGGAGGUCAUUCAGAAAUGGAUCAAAUGGCUCAAGUUGUUGCCAGUGAUCCAGACUCGAUGUCUCACCAUAGCAUGCAUGGCAUGCACGAUAUGUCUGGAAUGAUGAUGGCUUUCCACUUCGGAUAUGACGAAACAAUUCUCUUCAAGUGUUGGAAAAUUUCAACGCUUGGAGGCUUAAUUGGCUCGAUGAUAGGUAUUAUUAUAAUGGCCGCACUUUACGAAGGACUAAAGUACUACAGAGAAUAUUUGUUUUGGAAAACAUACAAUACGCUGCAAUACAGAAGCGUUACGUCGCCACAGGAAAAAAACGUAACUGCAGAAGACGGUCGCGUUGUACAUAUGGUUGGAGAAGUUAUUCACAGGCAACCGCCAACAAUGCUGUCAUGGAUGCACACUUUCCAAACAUUUUUACACAUCAUACAAAUAAUUCUGUCGUACUUUCUCAUGCUGAUAUUCAUGACGUACAACGUGUGGCUUUGCAUCGCAGUAGUAUUCGGUGCGGCAAUCGGAUACUUUUCAUUUGGCUGGAAAAAAUCUGUAAUAGUAGACGUUACGGAACACUGUCAUUAACAAUAUGAAAUACUGUGUCGUUAACAUAAUAAUUGUAUCCGCGCACAUCAAUUGAUUUGUCUUUAUUUUUUUUUUUUUUUUUUUAUUUCAUGAUACGUAUUUUAUCGGACUGGCGUGGUCGCGAGGUUGAUGAUAUU